AUGAAUAUGCUUCCGAACAUUUUGGCGGUGGAUUCCUAUUCAACAGUAAUAACAUAUCAGUCCACUGGGAGAGGGCGACAAUCCAGCCAGCAACAGUCCAAUGUGGAAUCAAGUCUGUUUGGAGAAAGAUCGAGUUAUCUCGAGUCCUAUAGAACUCCAGGGUUUCAAACUCCAGCCUUUCAGAGCCCGUUCUUUCAGGUUCCUGUGUUCAGUAGCCAGGGCCAAACGAGACAGGUUCCAGUGAUAACCCCUGAGAUGUUGCAUCAACGGUUUUCAGAAAUAGAGCAUACUGUGGCCACACAAGUGGAGCAUUUUGAAAAUGCUUUUCAGAGGCUAACUGACCAUAAUGCAAACACAGGAAGUGUUGGACCUAGUAGAUCUAUGACGUCAGGAGUUAAUACGGCUACAGGAGCAACGAGUUCAGAGGUGCCACCAGUCAGUAUGGUUAAUAAUCCUUUAUAUCAUGCCAUAUUCCAGACAUCUGCAACAGAUACUCCGGUGCAGAAUCUCGGAGCAGGACUAAGUAACAAUGGAUCUCACAAUGCAGCAUUACAAGGAAUACUAAGUUGGUAUUACCCAGUUGUUCCAAGUCAGCCAACUUUUGUGUCACCACCAGGGAAUUUUACCUUUGAUGGACGGCAGUUGCCUCCAUUGUCCCCUCAAUAUGGAACACCAGUGAUGAUGCUUGGAACAUCAUGGGGACAACAAUCACCCUAUCAAGGAUUCCAGGUGUGUGAUGAGAAUCAUGUAGCCAUCCAUGGUGAUUCUCCUAGUGAGGGGAAUGAGCUAGUCCUUCAUUCUAGUUUUGGAAUGCCAAGUUUACUUUGCAGGCCAAUCAAGGAAGAAAGGAUGGAUCUUGACUACCUAUGUGAUAGGGAGUUGGUUCAAGAGAGCUAUGAUCAAGAUGAUGAGAAUGUCAUUAACUUUGGGGUUCAAACCAAAGGAGAUGAUGAACUCAUGGAAAUAAGCGCUCAAGAGUAUCAAGGGAGUUUGACUCUAGAUGUAGGUGUCCUAGGAACUGCGGGUGUAACAAUUAAUCAAGGCCCUGUUGGUAUGGGAAACAAUGAAGGUACUGUUGGUGAAAAUGCAAGGCAGGCUCGUCAACACGUACAAACGACAAAUGACUGCUGCUUUAUAUUUUAUCAGAACCGAGUACCAAGAAAUAAUACUGCAGCUGCAAAUUUGGAUGAUCCACACAUACCUCAAGGCUCUGGUGUUGUGGUUGUUGAUCCGCAAAUUGUUCUACCUCAUCAGACAUUGGAAGAGAAUAGAGAGGAACAACAGUGGAUGGAAUAUGAAGCAAAUCAGAUUCUAAACCAAAAUAGGGCGCAAGCUAUUGGAAGAUAG